AUGGACCGCUCGCCCGGCUCAAGACCAGGAGCUCAUAGAAUGUCCCAGGAAGCGAACAGAAAUGGAGCAUCGGCUUCACCAGGAGCUUCAGAGCGCAGGUUCAACGACGACCACGGCGCAGGAACCGAUAACCAGCAGAACACGUCCGGUCAUACCUCCAAACGCAGACGAAUGCAAGAAAGCCAACGAAAGCGCGGCCGUACGCCACCUUCGGUCUUCUCACGGCGUGAUCGCUCACGCAGCCCUCACAACCCUUCUCGCGAGCCCCAAUCUCGCCGAUCUCGCUCUCCCCUCCAACCUCGUAGUCCUCCACCCGCCGAUGAUGCGCCCAAACGCAAGCGGCCAGGCGGUGGUGCCCGCAUGGGAAUAGUUGACCGGGAGACCAUCAGACGGAGACAAGAGGAUCGUGACCGUCAAGAAUUGGAAGAUGCAGAGCGAAUGUCCCGGGGUCGCGGUGUGUCCGAUGUAGUGCGACAGCACUACAAUGCGGUUCCCGAGCGUGGCCGCGAGUGGCGCAAAACAGAGAGUAAGAUAAAGGGGCUGCGUAGCUUCAAUAAUUGGGUGAAGAGUACGUUGAUUCAGAAGUUCGCGCCGGAUGAGGAAUUCGGGGCGCGCUUCAAUGAUACCAAGGAUUGGGCGGAUGAUAGCAUGGGUCCACCUCCCGUGGAUGAUAAGAAGCUUCUUGUGCUUGAUUUGGGAUGUGGAAAGGGUGGUGAUUUGGGGAAAUGGCAGCUUGCACCGCAGAAGGUGGAACUUUAUGUUGGACUGGACCCGGCCAAUAUCUCUAUCGAGCAGGCGCGGGAUCGGUACGCCUCUAUGCGGUCUGGUCCUGGGAGACAGCGGGGUCGGCGCCCGCCUCCUCCACUAUUCCAUGGAGAGUUCCAGACGAAGGAUUGCUUUGGCGAGUCGCUGGGCGAUGUCCGGAUCAUUCAGCAGGUUGGCUUUGAUGCAAAUGCUGGUCCCGGAGGGUCUAUUAUGGCGUCGCGAUGGGGUGCAGGAGGUGGGUUUGAUGUUAUCACAUCCAUGUUCGCGAUUCAUUAUGCAUUCGAGAGCGAAGAAAAGACGCGCCAGAUGCUGAGCAAUGUCGCUGGAUGCCUGAAGAAAGGUGGUCGGUUCAUCGGAGUGUGCCCGAACUCGGAUAUGAUCACAAGCCGUGUCAGUGCGUACCAUGAACAGCGUCGAGGGCGUGAGGCCGCCAAGCCUCCCCAGUCUGAGGCUCCCGAAGAUGGAGAGGUUGAAGAGGAGGAGAAGUGCGAAUGGGGCAAUGAUAUCUAUCGUGUCCGAUUCCCUGGUGCGACCCCCGAGGACGGUGUCUUCCGUCCGCCAUUUGGAUGGAGAUAUACCUACUUCAUGCGCGAGGCCGUCGAGGAGGUGCCUGAAUAUGUCGUUCCCUGGGAGGCAUUCCGAGCUCUGACCGAGGAUUAUAACCUUGAGCUGCAAUAUCGUAAGCCUUUCCUGGAUAUCUGGGAAGAUGAGAAGAACGACCGCGAGCUGGGACCGCUCAGUGAGCGUAUGGGGGUUAGAGAUCGGGCUACAGGUGCUCUGGCAAUGACAGAGGAGGAGAAGGAGGCGGCCAGUUUCUACCACGCCUUUUGUUUCUACAAGGUCUAA